AUGUGGAUAUCAUUAAAAACAUAUCCUGUUUGGCACCAGUGGGAGCGGGUUCUUUCUAUUGAGGUAUGUGGCUUCCAUGCGGUAAAACAUUCGGAUAUUAAAAAAUUCUGUUACGACAGUGGAGAUUAUUCUAAUUUAAAUGUCGACUUUAAUAAUGCUCAGCCCGCAUUACUUGAUUUGCAUCCUGGAUCGUCGGUUGAAGCGCUCUGGACCUCGUUUAGGAAUUUAAUUCUUGGUUUAACUGCAAAAUGGAGUUUGAAGGCUAACGUCAGUAAAUGCAGUUUGUUGACAAUAGGCAGAUGUUUCUCAAGGGAAUAUUUUAUCACUGAUUCAGAUGAUGUAGUUCAGGCCUUGCCAAGGGUGAAGAGUGUAUCUGACCUGGAUGUGGUAAUGGAUGAUCGCCUCCAAAUUAAAGAGCAUGUUUUGAGUAAAAUAAAAAAAUCUAACUCCAUGUCAAACAUUUGCAAAGUUGCGGGUACGAAAAAUCAAUUUAGCGAGAGAAAGAAAAAGAAGUGGGUCGACAUUGAUUUUAGAUAUCAGCUGCCAGCGGCCAAUGUGUCAAAUAUUGGUUUGGCACUCAAGUUGUUUGAGCAUAACCCAUUUGUCAACAUCAACAAGACCAAUAUUAUCAAAUAUUGA